CAGCGCCCCCUACCGCCUCUCCCCAGCCGAGGAGGCGGCCCCGAGCAGACCCCGGCCGGGCUGGGCCGGCCCCCGCGGACGGGCCGGCGGGCGGAGCAGCACCGUGGGUACCGCCCUCGGCCCGCCCGCCGAGGAGGGGACGCGAGCGGGAGGCUCUCUGCACUCGGCCGCCGGGGCUGCGGGGACGGGACGGGUGUCGGCGCGGGCUCUGCGGGCGGGGAGCCGAGUCCAGGCCGGAGCCCGAGGCGCGGCGGGAAGCCGGAGGGCUGUGCGCGGAGAUGGCGGCCGGGGCGGCCGCGGCGGCGGAGGAGGGGAUGGAGCCGCGGGCGCUGCAGUACGAGCAGACCCUGAUGUAUGGCCGGUACACUCAGGACCUUGGGGCUUUUGCCAAAGAGGAGGCUGCUCGGAUCCGCCUGGCAGGGCCGGAGCCCUGGAGGAGCCCGCUGUCCCCUCCAGCUCCCCUGGAACUUCUCGAAUACGGACAGAGCCGUUGUGCCCGGUGCCGCAUCUGUUCCGUACGCUGUCAUAAGUUCCUAGUAUCCAGGGUUGGUGAAGACUGGAUCUUCCUGGUCCUGCUGGGGCUCGUCAUGGCGCUGGUCAGCUGGGCCAUGGACUAUGCCAUUGCCGCCUGUCUGCAGGCUCAGCAGUGGAUGUCUCGAGGCUUGAACACCAGCCUCUUGCUCCAGUACCUGGCCUGGGUCACCUAUCCUGUCGUCCUCAUCACUUUCUCAGCUGGAUUUACACAGAUCCUGGCUCCUCAGGCUGUCGGGUCCGGCAUCCCCGAGAUGAAGACCAUCUUGCGGGGCGUGGUGCUAAAGGAAUACCUCACCCUCAAGACCUUUGUGGCGAAGGUCAUCGGGCUGACCUGUGCUCUAGGCAGUGGGAUGCCCCUUGGCAAAGAGGGCCCUUUUGUACAUAUCGCAAGCAUGUGUGCUGCGCUGCUCAGCAAGUUCCUCUCCCUCUUCGGGGGCAUCUAUGAGAAUGAAUCCCGGAACACAGAGAUGCUGGCCGCUGCCUGUGCCGUGGGAGUGGGCUGCUGCUUUGCAGCACCUAUCGGAGGUGUCUUGUUCAGCAUUGAGGUCACCUCCACCUUCUUCGCGGUGCGGAACUAUUGGCGGGGUUUCUUUGCUGCCACCUUCAGUGCCUUCAUCUUCCGGGUCUUGGCGGUCUGGAACCGUGAUGAAGAGACUAUCACUGCUCUCUUCAAAACCCGGUUCCGGCUUGACUUCCCCUUUGACCUCCAGGAACUGCCAGCUUUUGCUGUCAUUGGUAUUGCCAGUGGCUUUGGGGGGGCGCUCUUUGUCUACCUGAACCGGAAGAUUGUCCAGGUGAUGCGGAAGCAGAAAACCAUCAACCGCUUCCUCAUGAAAAAACGCCUGCUCUUCCCGGCUCUCGUGACCCUGCUCAUCUCCACGCUGACCUUCCCCCCUGGCUUGGGACAGUUCAUGGCUGGACAGCUCUCACAGAAAGAGACGCUGGUCACCCUAUUUGACAACCGGACAUGGGUCCGCCAGGGCCUGGUGGAGGAGUUAGAGCCUCCCGGAAAUUCACAGGCCUGGAGCCCUCCACGUGCCAAUGUCUUCCUCACCCUGGUCAUCUUCAUUCUCAUGAAGUUCUGGAUGUCGGCACUGGCCACCACUAUCCCAGUACCCUGUGGGGCCUUCAUGCCUGUCUUUGUCAUUGGAGCAGCAUUUGGGCGUCUGGUGGGCGAAAGCAUGGCCGCCUGGUUCCCAGAUGGGAUUCACACGGACAGCAGCACCUACCGGAUUGUGCCUGGGGGCUAUGCCGUGGUGGGAGCGGCUGCACUGGCAGGAGCAGUGACACACACGGUGUCCACGGCUGUGAUCGUGUUUGAGCUCACAGGCCAGAUCGCCCACAUCCUGCCCGUCAUGAUCGCCGUCAUCCUGGCCAAUGCUGUGGCCCAGAGCCUACAGCCCUCACUCUACGACAGCAUCAUUCGAAUCAAGAAACUGCCUUAUCUGCCUGAGCUGGGCUGGGGCCGCCACCAGCAGUACCGGGUGCGAGUGGAGGACAUCAUGGUACGAGAUGUUCCCCAUGUGGCCCUCAGCUGCACCUUCCGGGACCUGCGGUUGGCCCUGCACAGGACCAAGGGCCGCAUGUUGGCCCUAGUUGAGUCCUCUGAGUCAAUGAUCCUCCUGGGCUCCAUUGAGCGCUCACAGGUGGUGGCACUGCUGGCGGCCCAGCUAAGCCCAGCCCGCCGGCGGCAGCACCUGCAGGAGCGGAGAGCUGCCCAGACUCCUCCGCCACCCGAUCAGGAGAGCCCCCCCAGCCCUGAGAGCUCAGUCCGCUUCCAGGUGAGCACAGAGGGCUCAGGCUUCCCUGCGGCCCGGGGAGACACUCACAAGCCCCUGAAGCCUGCUCUCAAGAGGGCGUCCAGCAACUCCAUGAGCCUCAGAGAGAGUCCCCCAGGGAACGUGGAGCAGGCUGGCAUCGCCCUCAGGAGCCUCUUCUGUGGCAGUCCGCCCCCCGAGGCUGCUUCAGAGUUGGAGAAGUCGGAACCAUGUGACAAGCGCAAGCUGAAGCGGGUCCGAAUUUCCCUGGCAAGCGACUCAGACCUGGAAAGUGAAAUGACCCCUGAGGAGAUUCUGGAGUGGGAGGAGCAGCAACUAGAUGAACCUGUCAACUUCAGCGACUGCAAAAUUGACCCUGCCCCCUUCCAGCUGGUGGAGCGGACCUCUUUGCACAAGACUCACACCAUCUUCUCACUCCUGGGAGUGGACCAUGCUUACGUCACCAGUAUUGGCAGACUCAUUGGGAUCGUUACCCUAAAGGAGCUCCGGAAAGCUAUUGAGGGCUCUGUCACAGCACAGGGCGUGAAAGUCCGGCCACCCCUCGCCAGCUUCCGUGAUAGUGCCACCAGCAGCAGCGACACAGAGACGACAGAGGUGCAUGCACUCUGGGGGCCCCGCUCCCGCCACAGCCUCCCCGGGGAGGGCAGCCCUUCUGACAGCGAUGACAAGUGCCAGUGAAUUCCUCAGCAGGCAGCCUGGGGUGGCAGUGGCCUUGCUGUCAGCCCGGAUCCUGCAGCUCUCCUGUCCCUUCUGCCGUGGGAAAGCAGGAGGCAGCUACAGCCAAAGGUUGGGGCCCCAGCCCCCCAUCCAGACCAGGGGCACCAGCUUCUACUUGGAAUCUGACACAGCACCCACCUGCAGUGUUCCAAGGGCAGGA